UUGAGCUUGCGCUACUUCAGUGACUGACCACACGUGACAUCCGGAGAUCAAAUAUUAGCUCGAUGCGUCGACUCACUUUAGCGCAAGGCUAACUAUGUGGCCGCGUAACCUCAAUAUGGCUUUGCUAUUUUCUGCUAUUUUAUUACUGUCAACAACUACUUCCUUUCCAUCGUUUCAGUGGAAAACAGAACCACUUGAGCCAAAUUAUGGUGCGGUGAAUAAGCUGCUAGCAUCCCUGUCAUUCUAUCCUUCAGAAGGACUGAUAUCGGCCGGACCAGUUCGAACUGUUCGCUCAACAUCAUCAACACUCUAAACUCACAAGAGAUUGUGAUCGUCACGUGUUCUACAGUCCCUACAUGUUCGAGAGAAGCUCCUGAAAACGAUUGUCGACUGUCGCUGUCACUAAAAAUGCGCAUACAGUAUUUAUAACAAGGCGCUCUUGUCUAGCACAUUCGUAUUCCACUCGUUACAUCCGGUGAUUUCGGAGAAGCGACUCGGGCUGUUAUGAGCGAUCGUGGUGAAUAGCAAAUUGUUAUGUGUGUUAGAAAUUUAUUAUUAGAACU